CAGUCACAGUACAUUAACGAAGAAGAAACUACUAGAAUAUGGCUUCGAACUCUCCUAUAAAUACGCCCCCUUCCUUCUUGGAAGCCUCGUUGCAGGAUAACAUCUUCACAAUAGGCAACCAGUGGCGCACGAUUAGCUACCAUGGCAAUCGAGGCUUGGUUGACGGAAGAAAGCGAUGAGGAUCAAAGACUCCCUCACCACCGAAACCCGAAGGAGUUCGUCUCCUUAGAAAAGCUUGCAGAACUGGGGGUGUUAUAUUGGCACUUGAAUCCAAAAGAUUAUGAUAAUGAUGAGGAGCUGCGGAAAAUCCGAGAGAGCAGGGGCUAUAAUUAUAUGGACUUUCUGGACUUGUGUCCUGAGAAAGUGGAAAAUUAGGAGGAGAAGCUGAAGAACUUCUUUCGAGAGCAUAUACAUGCAGACGAAGAGAUACGUUACUGUCUGGAAGGCAGCGGUUAUUUCGAUGUGAGAGGCAAAGACGACCAGUGGAUACGAAUCUGGAUCAAGGAAGGGGACAUGAUUGUUUUGCCGGCCGGGAUCUACCAUCGCUUCACAUUAGACACUGGGAACUAUGUGAAGUUGAUGCGCUUGUUUGUCGGAGAGCCUGUUUGGACUGCUUAUAACCGUCCUCAAGAGGAUCAUCCAGCAAGGAAGGAGUAUAUCAAGAGUCUAUCAGAGAAGGUAGGUUUUGCUCUUGAGGCUCAUUAGUUUGGAUAUUGGUGAAGCCUACCACAUAGACCAAGUUAUAAAAGCUUAUGUAUUUUCAAUGGAUUGUGUUAGUGAGCAUGCAUACCUACCAUUAUAUCUUUGUCUGUAUAUGUACAUUGAUGCCAUUUUAAAAUAAAUGCAUGGUCAUCUCCAUUAGUAUCUAAUUGAUAACUAUGGACCAAAUACAUUAGCUAUUA